AUGGCCGACCGUGACCAGCCCUACGAUCCCUAUAUCCCAAACAAUUCGAAUCCAAAUGGGGGAGGAAACAGCGGGAAUCAGAGAACCGCUGCGUUACAAGCGCAAAUCGACGAUACUGUCGGGGUGAUGCGCGAGAACAUCAACAAGGUCUCGCAGCGCGGCGAACGCUUGGAUUCGCUUCAGGAUAAAACGGAUAACCUGGCUGUUUCUGCUCAAGGAUUUCGCCGGGGAGCUAAUCGGGUUCGCAAGCAGAUGUGGUGGAAGGACUUCAAGAUGCGGAUAUGGUUGAUUGUUGGCAUCAUCAUUCUGCUUGUAAUCAUUAUCGUUCCGAGCGUGCUCGCAACGAAAGGAAAAUGA